AUGGCCGAACUUACAUCGACCAAACUGCACCCUGAACAGCACCUGCUGCUGGACCAACCCCUGCUACGAGUGCCCUUCGAACUGACGCGGAAGAACUUUGCCCAAGUAAGACGACAUAUUGAGAAGACGUCGGCCGAUACUCUUGCUGCUCUUAACGCUGCCGCCGCCGCCGCCGCCUCUCCAUCGACUACUCCCGAUCAGACUCUCGCCUCGCUCGACGCCAUGAUAGCCAAAGCCCAGACCCUCAAACACAAAUUGGAGUCCCUCCAUACCGAGCAAGAUAUGUUGCAUCGCCAUCAGCGAGCCCGUAUCGACCAUUUGCAAGAGUUGCACGACAUACCCAAUCUGGCCGACGUCAAGUACGAUGACUGGAGCAAAGUUCGCCUCGACCGUAUGCUCGUCGACUAUCUAUUACGUCAGGGUUAUACACAAAGCGCCAGUCAGUUGGCCAAGGAGAAGAAGAUUGAAGAUCUGGUCGACGUCCAAGCCUUUAUCGAGUCUAGUCGCAUCCAACAAAGCCUGCAGAACGGCCGUACCCAGGAGUGCCUGGCAUGGUGUUCGGAGAACAAGCAGACGUUGAAGAAAAUCAACAGCAAUCUGGAGCUUGAACUGCGCUUGCAGCAGUUCAUCGAGUUGGUCCGGAGUGCGGAGCCUUCAAAGUUGAUCGAGGCCACGCUGCAUGCGAGGAAGCAUUUGGGCACACACCAAAACGACUCGUACGGCUUGCGUGCUGGGGGUCUGCUUGCGAACCCUCCCAAUACCAUGACAGAGCCCUACAAGACCAUGUACUCGACCGCUCGUUGGCAACAACUCUCUGAGCUAUUCGUCAAGACACAUCACGAAAUUCUCUCCCUACCGCCACAACCGCUUCUCCACAUCGCCCUUUCUGCUGGCCUCAGCGCUCUGAAGACACCGGCUUGCCACUCGCAUUACGCCUCCUCAUCCUCGAACGCUUCUUCGUCAACCACAUCCGUCUGUCCCAUCUGUUCCACCGAGCUGAACGAACUCGCCCGCACCGUUCCUUACGCUCAUCACAGCAAGAGCUACGUGGAAGACGAUCCAGUCAUGCUACCCAACGGCCGCAUCUACGGAAGAGGCAGACUCAUGGCUCUGAACGAAAAGAUUGGCACUGCUGAGGGCAAGAUCAGAGAUCCUACCGAUCUGUCUCAGGAGUUUGAUGAACACGACAUAAAGAAGGUCUACAUCUCCUGA